UCGGUUGCAUCUUUGCUUUUAUUCAAGUUUUAAACAUAACUCAGUUCUGUUUUUGAUGAUUCAAAUGAUACUUGUAGUGUGAUUUUUAUGUAAAAAAACAUUGGACUGUACUAAUCGACCAAAAUGGACAGCAAAGCAAAGAUUAAACCAGAAAUGGCAGUCAUUAAAACUGAGCCUGUCGAUUUCGAAGAAGCUCAAAUCUUUGAAACUCCUCUCGAGCCAAUGCAAGAUCCAGAAAUUCCUUCGUUCCAACCGGAACCGUUCUGCUCACUUUGCCUUCGGGAACGCGUCACAAACACCGUGUUUUACACGUUCGACGUUGAAUGUUCCGGCUCACUGCGCGACACGCUCAAGGACACCUUCGGGCUGGAACUUGCUCCGAAGAGAUGCCACAUCUGCACACCCUGCCGGAAGCUGCUGAAGCUGGUGGAGAGCUUUCGGGAUUGUUGCUUGAAGGCUAAUAGUUGGGCCGAACAGCACAUGCAGGUCGAGCAGAAAGCAACUGCACCGCCUGGAAUUUUAAAGUUGGGUGGAGAUUCGUGGUUUUCCGAUGGGACUGUGCAGGCGAUUGAUUUGGUGACGGAUGCGAUUAAGGAGCGGACUACGUUGAUUGUGGAGUACGAUAGGGUGGAGGUCAAGAUGGAACUUGGGGAGUCGAUGGUGGAUGAUGGAAGCAACGCUGGAUCGAAGAGUCGGAUUAAGGAGUGUAGAAGGUGCCACCGGAAGUUUGAUGGACUGAGGAGUUAUACUUCGCAUAAGAAGUGUUGCAAGGGUGUUGAGGAGGAUGACAAUCUACAUUGCUGCAGCAUUUGCUCGGUGUCGUUCCGAAGGGAGCAGGACUUGGAGACUCACGUCAAUAUGCACGAAGGUAACAAGCCUUACGAAUGUCGGGUCACGUGUGGCGAACGGUUCUACGGGAAGAACCAGCGCUUUCGUCACGAGAAACUUUGCCGGAAGCAGCUUGGCAUGGAGAGGGAACCUUCGGAAUGUUCAGAUCCAGAGACGGACCAUGAACCGAUGGAGAUCAACGAGUGUGAGCGGUGUAAGAGAAGGUUUGACGGCAAGCAGAGCUUGAUAUCACACAUUACGCAUUGUCAGAAGGAAGGUGACGCUAGAAGACUGUUCAACUGCGAUAUUUGUUCGAUUUCGUUCUCUACAAAUCAAAUGCUUAAGGCACAUUUGAACAAGCAUAAAGGGAUUAAGCCGUACAAAUGCCGCAAGUUCUGCGACAAGAAAUUCUACGGUGGAGUUUUCCGAUACCGACACGAGAAGGUCUGUCGCGAGCUGGAGGUAAAAGCGGUCGAGUGUGCGGAUUGUCAUCGAUUCUUUUCGGGCCAUCGGGGACUGCAGAUGCACGUGAAGACAUGCCGGAAGGAUCAGCAAGACGACCGCUUGAUGUAUACGUGCGACAUCUGCAAGAUAUCGUUCACCAACAAACUACAGCUGGAUGAGCAUCGUAACAAGCAUAAAGGAAUCAAACCAUUUGAGUGCGAGUUCAACUGCGGGAAAAGUUUCUUCGGCCCAGGGUCUAUGAGAACACACGCAAAAAUCUGCAGCCGAAAGCCGGCACUUUUGCGACCAGAACCACCCGUCGAAGAAGUGCCUCCAGCAGAGCCGGAACCUAAAUCAGACCGAGAAGAUCCAAACGCACCGUUGGAAGUGAUCCGGUGUGAAAACUGUGACAGGCUGUUUGACAGUAAAGGUGCCCUCAUGGGUCACCUGAAAUUCUGCCGACCUGGAAGCACGCCGAUCAACAACGAUCAGCUCUUCUACAGCUGCCCAAUCUGCUCGGUAUCGUUUACGCGGAAGCCGCGACUGGAAGCCCAUCUCAACAAGCAUAAUGGCAUCAAAGCAUUCAAGUGCGGCAAGUGUGGCCAAGAAUUUUUCAACUUGAAGCCGAAAAACAAACACGAGAAAAAUUGCAACGUGUAUCGGUGCAAAACUUGCAAGGUCGAAUAUUCUUCCAGUCAAGCGCUGGUAGAUCAUGUGAAGGAAGUUCAUGCACAGGAAAAUUACGUGCGAAACGUGCGGAGCACAGUUUCUGAGGAACUUCAACUUUAUGCGACAUCGACGGCAGAAACAUCCGGAAGAAUUUGCCUCAUUAGUUGAGCAAACUCCGGAGCAAGCGGCUCUCUAAUCUUGAGGUUCUAACUGAAAACGGCACCAAAUUAUCCCUAAAAUGAAAAAUUCAAAUCCAAACAUCUAGUAA